AUGCUUCACCAAAAAGCAAGGAACAAAUGGAUUUUGGAGGGAGCUAGUAACUCUAGUUUUCUGCAUAAUAGCAUUCGCAUUCGUAGAGGUAAUAACACUAUUUUCGAGCUUGUGGAUGAUGCUGGUAAUACUAUCACAGAUGGGGAUCAAUUGUGCCAACAUGUUGUUUCUUAUUAUGAGAACAAGUUUAAUGGUGUGGAAAUGCCAGUUGAAGAUCAGAUUUUUGAUUACGAUCAUUUGUCUAUUACUUUGGAGGAACAACAACAUAUGGACAAGGUGCUCCGCAGGUAUGGUUUCUCUGAGGAUUGGUGUACAUGGAUCCAUUCUAUCUUACAAUCUGCUCGUAUUUCUGUUCUUUUAAAUUUCCAUCCGGAAGGGUUCUUCAAAAUUAAUAGAGGUUUACGUCAAGGUGAUACCCUUUCUUCCUUGAUUUUUGUUUUGAUUGAAGAUGUCCUUAGCAGGAACAUUUCUAAGCUUUUUAAGGAGAAGAAAAUGUCACCAAUGGUUACGAGAAAUGAGCAGUAUCAUCAUGUUUCUGGGGAAACUGUUUGCAGGAAAAAAAGUAAAAUUUAUUAUGAUGGGGGGUAUUUGAGUAGACGGAGAACUAUUGUUGAUUUUCUUGGUAUGAGUCUUGCUUCUUUUCCUGAUCGUUAUUUGGGAGUGAAAAUCAUGGCAGGGGCGGAUAGAGUGGUGCUUGUUAAAACUGUCAUUGCUAUUUAUUCCAUUCAUAAUAUGGCGGUUUAUAAAUGGCCUCUAAAGUUCAUUCAACAAUGCGAAAGGGUGAUUCGGAAUUUUAUUUGGUAUGGGGAUUCCGGAAAAUCCAGGGAUUUUGUUGUUGGUUUUGAUAAAGUUUGUUCUCCUCUUUCUGAAGGGGGACUUGGUCUUACCAGAUUGAGUGUCAUGAAUAAGGCUUUGGUUGCUAAACUCUGGUGGAAUAUCAAAAGAUCACAUAAGAAAUGGGCUCGGUUCUUAGAAGCUAAAUACACUUGUAGGGACGGUAGAGUGAAGGAUUAUGGGAUAAAAUCUACUAUUCUGCCUGGUGUUCGUUGGGUUGAUAGAAUGGUUGCUCAAAAUACUAAAUCUUUGAUUAGUGAUGGGAGAUCCACGUCUCUUUAUUUUGAUAUCUGGUCUGCGGAGGAGUCCUUAGACCAUAUCCUUUGGUCGUGUACUUUUGCUCAGAGUGCCAGGACGUGGAUAGCUGAAAUUUUUGGUUUACGGACUCACCAAGAUUUCAUAAUUGCUUACAAGUCUGCCGAAGGAAAAAGUCCAAUUGUUAAAGACUUGCAGUUGAUUUCUGUGCUUGUUACUCGGUCUGAACUUUGGAAUAUUAGAAACAAAAUUGUUUUUGAAAAGAAGAUGAUCAGCUGGAGUUUCUUUAGGAAGCGCAUUUUCACUCUUAUUCAUGAUUAUUCUUCGAGAUUAAAGAGUUUCAUGUUCAAUUUUGUUGAGGAGUUGCAGAUUCUGAAUUUUUUUAAGGUACAUCAUAGACAAGUCAAUCAUAUAGUUCCGGUGGAAGUUUUCUGGGUGCCUCCGGAAAGGGGAGAGAUUAUGUUAUGUUGUGAUGGAGAAACUCGUGGUAAUGGAGCCAGUAUAGCUGGAGCAGGUGUUGUAGUCCGUGAUGAAGAGUGUAACGUUCUUGGAGCAAUGAGCAUUGGCCUGGGCAUUAUAAAGAGUUUUCUUGCGGAAAUAUAUGGAACUAUUGUUGGAUUGGAAUGGGAUAUCAAGUGGGGAAUUAGACGUGUGCUGAUUUGGUCGGAUUCUGCUAGUGUUAUUUAUGCUUUGGAAAAUAUGGCUCUGCCUUGGUUUGUUAUUCAACGUUGGGAAGAUGUUCGACAAUUAUAUGACUCAAUCCGUUUUAAACAUACAUAUCGUGAAACCAAUUUUGUUGCGGAUAUUAUGGCAAAAAGAGGAUGUCAACUAGGUGAAGGGGAAGGGAUAAACUAUGAUGGAAGACCUGGUUUUCUUAAUUCCAUAGAAUAUCCUCAUGUUUCCUAUUUUAGAAUUAAAUAG